AGUUCGAUAAUUACAAUAUGAACGAAAUGAAGGAAGAAGAGCGUGUUAACCUCAUUUAAAAUGUAUUAUUAAAUAUGUAUAGACUCUUUCGAAUUUUACGAAAUAAAUCUAACUUCAAAAAGAAUUUUAGCAACUUAACAUAUUCAAAGCAUUCAAAAAUAUGUGGAGUGCGGAUUAAUAUAGAAAGAACAUUAAAACAUCAGAACCACAGGCAAUAUUCUUUGGAGAAUGAGGAACCAGAUGAUUAUCCCUUAUUGGAAACCGAAAUAUUGGAUACACCAGAACGAACAAAAUAUCUCUUAUUUAAAAAUAGUGAUGAUACUUUAGUAAAUCAGUUGAAUAAUUGUUUAUGUAUAGAAGAUGUAUGGAAUUUAUUUGAAAAAUAUAAAAAUGAAAUGUCUGAGAGACACUUAACUCAAACCAUAUUAGUUUUAAGAGACUUGCAAGUUGAAUACAGUACGAUUAAUUGCUUUAUUGACAAUGCAUCAUUGUUUUUCUUUAAUAAAUUGAAAGACUCUCCUGCUUUUACAGAUUUACUGAAUAAAAUUAUUAAUAAAUUACCAAAUUUUAAUAUUGAACUUCUAAGCUAUACAUUUUCUUACUUACAUAAAAUAGGAUUACAUAUAGAGGACUAUCCAAUGUGUAUUAUAGCUGAAAAUUUACGGAGAAAUUUAUUAGAAGAUUUUGAUAUUGGAACUUGCAGUAGGUGGAUAAAAGUUAUUUUUCAUGAAGGUGGAAUAAGACCAUAUUUUUUGACUUUGCCAUUUAUACCAAAUGUUUUGAAGUUAUUAGAUGAAUGUGAUUCCAUUGAAGAUUUUGAAAGUAUAACUACUUGCCUAAUGAAAUUAGAGAGUAUGGUAACCAAAAGUGUUAUUGAAAAAUAUAUAGAUAAAGUGGAACACUUUUUAGAAAAUAAAAAAUUAACAGGAGAUAAACAAAAUGCAGUUCUAAAGAUAAUAACAUUUCUAAGUAAUCCGUCUUGGAGGGAUCAACAUGUUCCUUUGAUGUCUAAAUGUAUUUUAUUGUUAAAGAAUGAAUUUAACCAAUUUGAUGCAUCUCGCCUCCUACACCUUUAUGAAAUAUUUUUCAAAAUUCAAGAACCGGGGGAUUUACUAAAUGAUAUUCAAAGAAGUGCCGCAAAAUACUGGCAGCAAUAUGAAGAAAGCGGUAACCUGGACACGAAUACAGCUUUAAAAUUAUUUUCAGCAUUAAUUUAUUUUAAUUCUCCUUUGCAAAGGAUACAACUUCGCAAGGAUAUAAAUAAACUUAUCAAGGAUAAAAUGCGAAUAUCAAAUUUAAUUCUGUUGCGGAAAAUAUUUUCUUACAUUAAAAUUUCUGAUUAUCAAUUAUGCCAUAAGUAUUGGCAGUUGUGGGGAAAUAUAAUACAGGAAGAUAAUAGUAUUCAUUUAUUAAUUAAAGCAUGUCACAAUUACAUGCAGUUUAAUACUGAUAUUGAUAAUUAUAGAAAUAAAACAUUCGAAAAACAAGCUGUUCAACAAAUUAUUGACAUUGUUCAAAAUGAUAGAAUUAUUUUCCCCUCAGAUUUGACUGUUCUAUUAACGUUUGUUACAUUAUAUGCUAAAGAUAAAUCACUCAUACAGAUUUUCUUGGAAAAAUUUAAGAGCAAUCCAUAUCAGUUGAAGGGGCUAGACUGUCUUAUGCUGUCACGGAUAUUUAUAAAUAAGAAUAAUUGUUCACAAGAACAAUAUUCCGAAAUUAAAUGCGUUUUGAACGAAGCUUCCCAAUAUCUGUUGUCAUUAAAUCAUAAAAGAUUUGAAACAAAUGCAUUAUUAAUAAAAGCAGCGAUUUUGAGAAAUGAGUAUAAUAAUUAUGAAAUUGAUAAUCUCAUUAUGGCAUUUAAAGAAAUGGAUUAUAUGUCUUCAAAGUUUUUAGAAACCAUUAGUUACAUUUUCUUAAGUACAAACACACUUGUCCCAGAAGUUUUUAAUAAAAUGACUGAAUAUGUUGUGAAUAAACGUGGUAAUAUUGUUGGAUUCAAUGCUGAGAAGUUGUUAUUUUUAUGUUUUUAUUUAGCAUACUUUCCCAUAAAUGCUGAUAAAUUCUUUCUCACCAUAACUGAUAUCAUUAUAAGGGAUCAGGAGAGACUGAGCGGAUUAGCGUUUCUGCAAAGCGCCCUUUCUCUAAGUUUUUUCAACAAGUUGCCAAGUUUUCUAGUGAAACAAAUCUUCAACGUUGAAUUUAUGGAUAGAUUAGACAAUGAAUUGGCCAACUGUUAUUCAAAAGAUAAAUACCCACAAAGAGUGAGGCAAACCUUAAUGUAUCUCAACAGAGCUGUUUGUUUAGAAUAUCCUCAGUUUGGUGUUCCUUGGUUUCAUGAAAAAUACAUUCAGGAAACACAGAAAAGAUUUUUAGAUUCAAUUGACGACGAAUUUAACAUAGUUAAAUCAAUAAAAGAGUAUUUGGUGGAAAUAGCUGGUAAUGAUGUACUGGAAAAUGUAAUCACUCCGUAUGGGUAUCAUAUUGAUUUUAUUAUAAAUUUGAAUAAGGAAGAUAAAAUAGUACCUCCCCAUUCAAAAUCCAUAAGCAAGAGGAUGGCUCUACUACUUGUUCGUAAUUAUGCUUUUACCCGGCUUUACAUCCAUUUGAGAGGCACUUAUCAGAUGAAAAUAAGACAUUUGGAAAUAAUGGGUUACAAUGUUUCAAUAAUGAAAUUCGACGAAUGGACUAAUUUAUUAUAUUCAAGUGAACGAAUAGAAUAUUUGAAGAAGUUAAUAUGGCCUGACAAUUGGGAAACAGUUCGAUGUAUAUCGAAAAGAUGACAUACGUGAAGUGGUUCUUUAAAAUGACAUUUGAUAAGUGGAAUAAUAAAAAAAUAAUUUUCAA